CAUCAACACUUGUCCCGCCAUGGUGCUUGACUGCCUGACUAUGGAGUCUUGCUCACAGUUUGCUUCGAUCGUGACUUGAUAUACCUACACAUACUCAACCAACAUCGCCUUGGAUCAGCCACGGUAGGCGGUUGUUUCUCCACGUGAGGGAUCUCACGGAACGACAAUUCUACACAAUGGGUAAGCAUCGGCGUGUUCGCGAGCCAGCCGAUAUCGCUGCAUCCAUCGAGCAGAUCUACAAAGAGGCACGAGUGAUUAUCAUUGUUUGCCUCGCCUCAUGGAUUGUGGGCCGCCUCCGAUUCAGUUUCGCCUGGCUCCUAUUCAUCCUUGCGUUCAGCCGCACCUACACCAACCUGAGCAUGACGCGUAUGAAGAGAGUUAUUCGCGAUGAAUGCCAGCGGUAUCACGCUAGCAAAAUCCUGGCUCACGGCGAGUCCAUCGAAUGGAUGAACGGGAUACUACGCCGGCUCUGGCACAUGAACCAAGAUCAUUUUUGUGCACAAGUUAUCCGCUACGUGAACGAUGGCCUCGCCCGGCGCACCUUGACCGAGCCCGACACGCCGCCGCAGAAAGUGAUCCUUCAUUCGCUGGCCCUGAUCGAGUUGCCUCUGCGCAUGACCCGAGUCCGGGUGCAUCACAAACCGUGCUCACCGAAUCUGAUCUUUGAAGGAAAGUUCUGGAUAAAUCUAGCCCCGCAUGGCACCGAGCACCAUGAUCUGCUGGGGGUAUUUGAGCAUCCGCUCAUCGAUCUCGCUAUCAUUCGAGAUGUGAACGACAACAACCGGACCCGUUACCAUAGCCACCACCAGCACAAUCUGGCAGUGCAGGUGCGGCAGUUCACCAGUCAAGGGUCGCUUCGAAUCGAGGUGGACCUAGAGGGCGAGCAGCCCGCGCUGCUGCAGCCGCACAUUGAGCUGCAAGAGCAGCCAAAGAUGGACUGUACAAUCAAGUCAAUCAGCCGACUCCACUUUCCGGUCCAUUUCGCUCACCAGGUCGAUUGGCGACGAGUGGUGGAGAUGCAGCUGCGGGAAGGGCUGGGCUGGGCAUUCCGCCGACCGCUGCCUCUCGGAGAACGCUGGCUGAUCAAGAUGAUGACAUGGUGGUGGCAUAUUCUCAACUAGGCCGGGAAAGCCUGCUGAUUCCGCUUUAUUGUUUACCCUCUGUACCGAUCUGUGGGGAGGGGGCGCCUUUGUUCGGGUUUCCUAGCCAUGAAGGUGCUAGGGCCAUAGGGCUGAACAGAAGUUGGAUGAUGGGAUCGUUGCGAAUCAGGACAGUGGAAAUGAUGUUGCCUGGAGCUGAAGACAAACACUAACUCCGGGUCUGGGAAUUUUGAAAAAUACCCCCGAGUCACACGGUCGGCAAGCAUCCCCUGGACCCGAAAUAGCCGAGGCAGAUUUGGGUGUGACCCACCCAGCCACACUUUAAAAUGGUGGGAGGCACUUAGUUGGAUCCAACUUGGAAUAGCUUCAUGUUAGCGUCUGUCGG